CAGUUGCUGGGCCGAUGAGCAGUGUGAGCACUCCCCUUCCCAUAGAUCGUAUGAGGUCGUCUGAUAAAUCUAUCAGUCGAUUGGCUGCGAUAUGAACACGUCAUGGUCUCUAUCCACAAUCUCCAGAGCGCUGUUGUCCAAAUCCUUCUGGCGCUUUUCGGUCAUGCACAACGCGUCGAAGUCAAACGUAUCGCAGAUCCAGAGUCAUAUGUCCACUUCGGCAAAGGACAUAUGAUGGGGCCGUUCUUGGACGCUCUGGCAAAACUGCCCAUCGAAACCGCCGAGCGAGUAGUCCAAGCAAAUCCGUCUUCCCAAUACACCUUCGGAAAGGACGUACUCGAGGAUGUUCUCGCCGCUUUCGACAUGGCUUUCCAGUUAUCUAACGGUAAACUCCGCGAGCGAUGGCUCGCUGUUGUAUCUGAACGAUCUUCGUCAAAAAGACCGGCGGAGGACGAUGAAAGCAUGCUUGAAAGUUUGCCAAGCUCUCAUUCACAGAAGCGUUUACGAUCUGACAGCGGGUCCAGUGGUGAUGCAGAUAGGGUCGUACCCUUCACCAAUGGUGUUUCUGUGUCUCCGUCGCCGAGUAUAGCGCCGUCCUUGUCCACCGAAGGCGAGACGCCCCGUGUUAGCGUGCAGAUGCUGCGCUCUUUGACGCGAGACGUGCUCAAGACGUAUGGCAAAAACCCAAGAUAGAGCACGAAUGAUAUAACGACGGAUUCAUAUUAUUUACUUAUUUGGGCUGUAUUGCUAUGUUCCUCAUUGCUUCACUGCUUGCUGGAUCGUGAUGUACAACAAGACGCUGCGGAAAUCAUCUUUCACUCAUUUGUAUCAGUAUAGUUACUCUCCAGACUGGUGCUGUAAGCAAUGCAAGCUCGACGCUGGAUGCCAU